CUGAAAAGAAAACACUUCCGGCAAAGACUACCGCUUGUUCGAUCGCUGACCUCGUCGUGUUCUUCUGCAAACUUUAGACGGAGUGAAAAGUGAAUAAAGUUCACUUACUUAGUUAGCGUCACGAUAUGGGCGUGCACGCGCAACUGGCCGCCGUCAUGGAGUCGCUCGUGCACGCCGCCGUCUUUCAGCUCCAGAAGCUGGAAGAGGAAGAAAAAGAACCCGGAAUGGAAGAGGAAGAAAAAGAAUCCGGAAUGGAAGAGGAAGAAAAAGAACCCGGAAUGGAAGAUGAGCGGGUAGUUGUGCGCCGACAGAAGGUGGUGUGCUUCGCCGCCAUCAUGGAGACUCUGGCCAAUGAGGCGCUUGGGAAGAUGGUCAACAUUGUGGAUGUCCACCUGUCGGAGGCGGAGUCCAAGCGGCGCUUCGUCAGCAUCCUCAACCAAGAUGGCGUCGAGGCGGAGCACUCGUACAGCGCCCCUCCAGCCGGUCGGGACGCCUCGCCGCUCGCUCAGGAGGAACUUGGCCACGCCGAAACGUCCUUGAUCCUGGCUGUCACCAUCAAAGACCCUGCCGCCAUCGCCGAGCGUGAGAGCCCGGUAACGCCGCCGCCGCCUUGGAACCGUCGUCGAGCGAGCUCGGACUCUGAGGAGUCGCUGCAGGAGGGCGCCACACGCGGCAGGAAGUUGUUCACAACUCGGAGCGGCGGGCAGCCGCACGUGUGCCGGCAGUGCGGGAAAUGUUUCGCAAAAGGGGCGCAGCUCAAGACGCACGCCGUCGUGCACACGGGUGAGAAGGCCUUCGCCUGUGACCUCUGCGGCCGGCGCUUCACCCUCAGACAGAACUUGCAGCGACACGCCCACAGCCACACGGGCAGGAAGUUCUUCACGUGCGGCGUGUGCGGCAAAGGCUUCACGCGCGCCGUCACGCUCAGGACGCACCAGCUGAUCCACACGGGACAGAAGCCGCUCAAGUGCCAGCACUGCCCCAAAAGCUUCCGCCACGCCAUCAACCUGAAGAACCACCUGAGGGUGCACAGCGACGUGCGGCCCUUCGCCUGCGACGUCUGCGGCAAGACCUUCCGCCAGGCCUUCAACCUGAAGAUUCACGGCCGCGUCCACACCGGCGAGCGGCCAUAUUGCUGCCAGUUGUGCGGCAAGACCUUCAGCCAGCAGAGCAGCCUGAUCACGCACGGCCGCACGCACUCGUCCGAGCGCCCCUUCGCCUGCGCCUCCUGCGACAAGAGCUUCAACAACGCCAACAGCCUCAAGCUGCACGUGCGCGUGCACACGGGCGAGAAGCCCUACGGCUGCGACGUGUGCGGCAAGACCUUCAGCCAGGGCAGCCAUCUUCGCACGCACAAGAGCCACGUGCACGCCGGCGGCAAGCGCUACAUCUGCGACAAGUGCGGCAAACGCUAUGCCGACCGACGCAACUUGAAAAUGCACAAGUGCGGCUAUGCCUGACUGCAUGCACGGCGCCCGGGGCCCACAUGGAGUUUGGAAAGACUUGGAUGGAUGCUACGAGGGCCCACAUGGAGUUUGGAAAGACUUUGAUGGAUGCUACGAGGGCCCACAUGGAGUUUGGAAAGACUUGGAUGGAUGCUACGAGGGCCCACAUGGAGUUUGGAAAGACUUUGAUGGAUGCUACGAGGGCCCACAUGGAGUUUGGAAAGACUUGGAUGGAUGCUGCGAGGGCCCACAUGGAGUUUGGAAAGACUUGGAUGGAUGCUGCGAGGGCCCACAUGGAGUUUGGAAAGACUUGGAUGGAUGCUGCGAGGGCUCACAUGGAGUUUGGAAAGACUUGGAUGGAUGCUGCGAGGGCCCACAUGGAGUUUGGAAAGACUUGGAUGGAUGCUACGAGGGCCCACAUGGAGUUUGGAAAGACUUGGAUGGAUGCUGCGAGGGCCCACAUGGAGUUUGGAAAGACUUGGAUGGAUGCUACGAGGGCCCACAUGGAGUUUGGAAAGAGUUACAUAUACUGUAAUAUUGUACAUGGUAAUUGUGAUUUGUUAUAUAUUGUAUAUAUGAUAUACAAAUAUAAUAUAUCAAUAUAUAUUAUAUACUGUAUAUAUAAUAUGUAAAUAUUACAUGUACAGUAUGUUAUAUUUUAUAUUGCUACUAUGGUACUACUUUUGUCUACUUUAUACCUGCAUUAUCCUUUCCAUCCUUACACUUUCCAUCCUCUGUAAGUGAGCUACUGUGUGGAUCAAUAA